GCGAGAUUGUUGCGGAGAACGAUAAGUGCCUAGAAUGAGAAAUCCUGAAAAAGCCGAAUAUAUAUCGUAGGUUUUGAGGUAUUCUCAAUUUCUUACAAUAUUACUGCAUUUGGUUGAUAACUGCUAUCUCGGAGAUCACGACCAGGCCUUUUAGACAUCCCACGAUACACAAAACGGACAACCACUUGAGCUUCAAGGGUCUUGAGAUCUUGAGGAUCCAACCAACGUCCGCCUGAACAGCUGUUGUCUAAGCUGUCCUCUUUAUUCAGCGUUUGUUUGAGAAUUUUUAUUUAGCAUUCAUGAAAUACUUCGAAAUACCAUAGAAUACGAUCUACGUGUACACUUAGUGGGCGUAGCGAUCUUUCAAGCAUGGUGUAUGGAUGUGUGUUUAACUUCGACUAGAUUUGUUUAUCGAACUAGCGAUAAUGUCCUCUUGUUAGCCUUUGAGUAACGGUGAUUUUAGAACAUCGUUAAUGUAAACUUAUUGUCAUGGAUUAGGCAAAUACUACUUGCGCAGAGGCUCGUACUCGGCGACAGUUUCGACUGAUAAGGUGUAUUUAUGAUAAGUGGACGAAUCGAGGACCAGAUUUCGUGGCUACAAUUAGCUCAACGACAACAUAAGCUAUUGUAUUCAUACACCGCAUAAUUUCAUAAGUCACUAGACGCUUUGCAGAGAAGCACUUCUGUUCAAAUCUGUCAGAUAUCACACCAGGAGAAUGGCAGACUCUCUGAAGACCUUCCAGGUGCAUCUCACAGCGGUCAUGGACAGUUUAGUCCGUGCGUCGGUGUGUGAGAUCACCAAACUCUUCCAGGACACCGUCAACGACUAUUUAGUGGAAAUAUCUUUGAAUAGAAAAGAGAAUGAAGCCUUGAAACUCAGGCUGAGGCUGACCGAGAAUAAGCUAAGGAAUGAGCGCAAGUACGGUCUCAGUUGGGCGAGCCGCCGGGCUGGCCUUACGGCUUCGGAUGAUGGUGGGCGAAAGAAGCGUAAAGCGGACAUGGCCAGAGGAAAGGCAGGGAAGGAGUGGAGUGGUAGAGCGUGGGAGGAGGGGGUUGGAGAAGCGAGGGAGGAGGGUAGGGACGUGUACCUCGUUCAUCUGCCUGAAGGAGAAGAGGAGGAGAGGGAGGAGAGAAGACGUGCCUCUGGGGAGGGAAAGGAGCCAGCCAACAUCAAAGAGGAGUCUGCUGAGCGGGAGCCUGGUUACAGACCGGACUCUCUUAGGCUGAUCCAAGAAGCUCUACAGAUGGAGCCUAGCGAGCCAAAAUCUACUGGCCCUCACAGCCAUACAAAUGUAGAUCUGGACCCCGCCAGUGGCUCUGUUGGAUUGGCUUCCGAUAAUCGCAGCCCCUCUGGCCUGUCCGGCGCCCAGGAAGACUGGAAAGGAGAACCGGCUUGUGCCGACGGAGCUGAGGAGGGUGGGGCCAGCGUGGACGAGCUAAGUGGCCUCGAGACGGCCUUACGGGCAGAGCGGGAGAGGGAGAAGGCUCGGUCGGGGCUCAACAGCCCAACUCAGUUAGACAUGUCCGACACCAGGGGUGACAUGGAGUACGUGAUGAGCCCCAAGUACAUCGGCCUGGAUGGACUCUGCAGCUCCCAGCAGCAGCCCGCCUCCCCACACAGAGCAGCAGGCCCAGCCACCACAGGCUGGACCAAGAGAGCCCGAGAGGCAGUCAGCAGCUCACCGCCUCUCCUUGAGGAGGAAGAGGGAGAGGGACUACAACUCCCAUCAGCCACCGGGAGCCUGGAAGAGGAGUCUGGUGGCGAGGGCGGGGACUUCCUGCAUUUUUGCACGCAUUGUGGUGGCGGCUUCAACUCCACUCAGGACCUGGAGGACCACGCGUGCCCCGUUGGCGCCGACGAGGAGCAGCCAUUCCAGUGUGCCACCUGCGCCCGUGCCUUCAGCCAAGCGUGGGCCUUGAAGAACCACGAGUGCGUGCCCAACGGCGAGAGGCCCCACCGCUGCGAACUGUGCGGCAAGCGCUUCAUGCACUCGCGCUCUCUGGAGCGGCACCAGCUGGUGCACACGGGCGAGAGGCCGCACCGGUGCCCGCAGUGCGGCCGCAGCUUCAGUCGCCUGGGCAACCUGGAGCGGCACCAGCGCAUCCACACGGGCGAGCGGCCGUACGAGUGCGGCGCCUGCGGCAAGCGCUUCAGCCGCGUGGAGUACCUCAAGAGGCACCAGCACAUCCACAGCAGCGACCGCGCCGAGGCCCAGGGCCUACAGUGCCAGCAGUGUGGCAAAACCUGCAGUGACGCUGAACAGCUCAAACAGCACCAGUGUUUCUACAACAUAUAAUGCGGCGCAACGAACAGGCACAGACACAAUCUGCUCGCAACAAAACAAAACAAAAACAAAACACAAAAAAAAAUGUUGGACAUAAUGGCAGCCUAAUGACCUCAGACAUUUCAAAGACCAUCUGUACUCGAAAUGGGAAUCACACACAGAAAAGGACACAGACUCAAACACUCACACGCAGUUCAAAGGCAACCAGUGCUGUCAAGUUCAGUUUAUUAACCAAUAAUAGUUAAGGACCUGCAUCACCUUAAGACCAUUAUAGCAUACAGAAGUCAAGUGGUUACACGACUGCUGUUUCUUGUAUGUAACAUACAAUUGCUUUAAAUCUGUACACUCCAUGUAGAAGUACAUGCAUCUGACAUGCCAUAGCAUCUUCAACUUCUGUCGAGAGAGGCAAAAAAACUGAAACAGAGAUUUUCCCCCUUUGAAAUUAUGAACUCAUCGGUCUUGUACAAACCAUUAGAAUGUGUUGGACUUUAACUUGUGUUUUGUGUUCUACUCAAAAAUACCCUAAGACCCUGUUUGAAAAAAAAAAAGGUUUUGAAAAUUACUUUUCUUGUCAGAGGCUCUGCAUUUUAAGCGUGCUUUCACAAGAAGUUACUGAUAAUGUUCAUUCUUUUUCCUGGAUGAAGGCCUUUUCUUGGUAUAAAUGGACGCUUUAUUCAUACCCUAUCAAUGUCAUCUCUCUUUUAUCUCUCUUCUAGUAGGCCACAGAGCCUUAUGGAGUGACUACAACUUUCUCUUUUUGUACAAGUUUACAUAAUGUACUUUGUGUCAAUAAUAAAUGAACACACAUUAAAGAAUGCUACUCUUUUGUGUGAA